CCCGCCCCCACUUUUUUUUCUUUCCGUUUUCUCUGCUGUGUCGGAAAGACCGAGACAGAACUAUCUCUGUUUCUGGCUCCACUAACAGUGAAGGAGUUUUCAUUCAGACUCUCCGAAGAGAGGUGGAGAAAUCUAAAGACCAGAUGCAGCAUUAGUUCUUCGGCUUUUCUCAGCAUGGAUAAACCCCUUCUACAAGGAUUUUCUGAUGUGUCCUGAGUUUCAUGUAACUACAAGGUCUCCUCUUUAUCACCAUAAGUGCCAUCCUGACCCCAAACCACUCAGAGCUCAAGAAUCAAGGCAAAAUGGAUGCCACAAUGACAGAUGAUUUCCAACAAAUUCUGCCUAUUGAACAGCUGUGCUCUACACAUGCUAGCAAUGAUUAUGUGGAGCAGCCUCCAGCCUCCUGUAAACAGGCGCUCUCCAGCCCUUCCCUUAUCCUGCAAACCCACAAAUAUGAUUGGUCCCUGGCUACCAUGCCUACUGCUCUCCCCCGCAGUCUCAGCCAGUGCCAUCAAUUGCAGCCCUUGCCUCAGCAUCUGAGCCAAUCUAGUAUUGCCAGCUCAAUGUCCCAUAGCACCACUGCCUCUGAUCAAAGGCUCUUGGCCAGCAUUACACCCUCACCUUCAGGCCACUCCAUCAUCCGAACCCAGCCUGGAGCUGGAACCCACCCAAAGGCUGAUGGUGCUCUGAAGGGAGAAGCUGAGCAAUCUGCAGUGCACCCCAGUGAGCACCUCUUCAUCUGUGAGGAGUGUGGGCGCUGCAAGUGUGUACCCUGCACAGCAGCUCACCCUCUCCCCUCCUGUUGGCUUUGCAACCAGCGUUGCCUUUGCUCUGCUGAGAGCCUCCUCGAUUAUGGCACUUGUCUCUGCUGUGUCAAGGGCGUCUUCUACCACUGCUCCACUGAUGAUGAAGACAACUGCGCUGAUGAGCCCUGUUCCUGUGGGCCUAGCUCUUGCUUCGUCCGCUGGGCAGCCAUGAGCCUCAUCUCCCUCUUCCUACCCUGCCUGUGCUGCUACCUGCCUACCCGUGGAUGCCUCGAUCUGUGUCAGAAGGGCUAUGAUAACCUCAGGCGACCAGGCUGCCGCUGUAAGAGGCACACCAACACUGUGUGCAGAAAAAUCUCUUCUGGUGGCAAUGCAUCCUUCCCCAAGGCCCAGGAAAAGUCUGUAUGACCUUCCUACAAAAUGGAUACAGAGCUUUCUCUUUCUAGCCCCCAUCGGUAAAGGCUAGGCCUCAUCUUUGAAGAGGGGAAGGGUAAAAACUAGCCAAAGUUAGGGCCUCACCUCUUUUGUGAGGCCAAGUCAGAGCAAUGGCCAAGUACAUCCUGGUGCAGAAUGCCUUGUUCUUUCUCGCAGUAUCUAUCCAACUCCUCUUCAACCCUUUUCAACCCCACCAAUUCAGCCCUUAUAGCUGUCAGGACAAAUUCAGGUGAUAUAUAGGCAUGAAUUUUGGACACUGAGGACUGACAGAGCCAGCAACGUGGAGGCUUAGGGGCUCCUCAGUGUAAGGCCUCACAAUACAGGCUCUGAGCAUUACUCUGCUUUCCACAGUGCCUUUGGAAGCUUUCUUUUAAGAUGGUUUUCAUAGGUCAAUGUGGAACAGCAUUCAGUUUUCCAGGGAAUCUGACCCCUUCUCCCUUUUUGCAACCCUUCUCUUCUUUCUUCCUCUUUUUCUCACUCUCUCUACUAUUCUGUAAUUAUACUGAUCUACAUUCCUUCCCCCUUCAUUCCCACUCUCUCUACUUUUACUCUUCCUCACUUUUCUUGCUCUCUCCCUUCCUCCUCCUUCCCUCCCUCUCUCUGAGACUAACCCUUGCAUUGCCUAUAUUUCUAUCUCAUUUGACUUAUCUUUUUCUCUCCAUCUAACUGCCCCUCUUUCUCUCUCUAACACUUCCCAAAGUGCUGUUGUUCCAUAGAUGUUUUCUUUUACUGCACAUUUUGCUAUGCUAUACUAUUUACUAAAUUUUUAUUAAGGGAAAUGGAUUACUGUAAUGAACUGAUAACUAGCAAUAGUCUGUCCUGGAAUGUGUGUAUGCAUUCACAAUCAUGCUCACCUGUUUGUGAGUUUAUGAGGCAAAGUUAUCUUACAUUUCCAGGUUUUAUUAGUUGGAGCUUUACUCCCUUUCCCAAGUAUCAACUUAUAGUACUGGCAGAUUCCAUUAGCAUGCUGAGUAGGAUAGUAAAUCAGGAUGCUCAUAACUUUGUAUGUCUGACCCAAGUGCCAAAGGCAGACGUGCUUUAUAGCUAAAUGAACAAAGCAAAGGAUAUUAGAGAAGUCUGUUUUCUCUUAGAAGCUAACUGCCCUGAGACUGCAUGGCUCAGGUCUUAAUAAUGGACAUAAAAAGUCAUUAAAACUUAGAGCUGGAAGGAACCUUAGCUAUUAAUCUAGUUCAAUGCCCUUAUUUUACAUAUGGCCUGUGGGGGGGGAGGGACUUGCCCAAGGCCAUACACUGAGUUAAUAGCAGUGUUGAGACUGGAAUACAGGCCUUCUGGCUCCUAGUUCAACAUUCUUUCCCUGCACCACAUUGAAUCAUGGGACUUUUCUCCUAAGAUUCUGUUAACAACAACAGAAAGCCAUUUACAUUUGAUUACUUUCCAGGAACUGUGUAAAGUUAGUGUGGUGGUCUUUAUGCAGUGCAUGGUGGGUAGCUAAUUAACUGCUAGGUGUCAAGGCUGACCCCAUUGGACAUCAUCUUGUGGAAGCUCAAGUGUGGAAAAGAAAAGAUGAAAGAAGCCCUAACCAAGCUGUAUCUUUGCCAUUGCAUCUCCUCUUUACUGCACACACUGUGCUUGCUCCUGGCUUUGUCUGCAACGGCAGUUGCCUGAGAACCUAAAUUUCAGCAACAGUGAAAAACUGAGGUAUAAGAUGUGUAAUACAGAGAACUGACUUCUCUUUAAAAAUACGGAGAGCCUGUGCUGUGAGCCCCUUUCAGUGGGAAAAGGCUGCAAUGGUGAUGGCAGGCUCCUGAAGACUGCUGCUAAAAGACACAAGAAUGAUAUCAUUUCCCUCUGUAAGUGAAUCGAAAAUUCACUAAGGAAUUCAAAGAUUGAGGGCACUUGCUUGAAAUCAAGGUGCUGUGAUUUAGUUUAAGACUUCUAGACUCUAACUUUAUAUAUCAUCUCUUUUAAAGCAUACAUGUAUGUGUGCUGCAGGGUGGAGAGGUGAGGAGAAGUGUAUACCUGUACACAGGGAAAAGAAGAAGGGAACAUCCACAUUCCUUUGUUGGGUACAUACAUUGGGAGGUAACAAAAGAGAACUACAGAAAUAUGUGCCACUCAAUGUUUGUUGGUUCUGAGUCUUACUGAAGUGUAUUGACAUUUGGGCUGCACACAGCCCCACACCUUCACUUACACCUCCUCUUCUAAAAUUGUUUUGCUCUAUUUUUUGUGUGUAU